CUUGACAGUUCUGCAAGCAAUAGUAUGUAGUUGUUCUUGUUUCGUGGCGAAAUAAUUUUCGUGAUUUGUGAUUUAGAACCCUGAAUAUUUAUAAUAAUAAACUUUCAAUUGUAAAUACAUAAAACAAAGAAGAAGCAUGGGGGUGGCCAUCAGCAGGUAUGCAGAGCUCUCGUCUAACGAACUCCUGGCGAGGUUCUGCUCGAGCGAGGUGAUCUGCGCUAACGACCCAUUCUGGAAUCAACUGCUCGCAUUCAACAUCAACCCGCCUUCGACUACAGAAGAGCAGUUAAUCUUCGAUUCCAGUACAGAGGCUUUGCUACAGAAGUUCCUACAAAGCAAUCCGCAAACAGGAAACCUUGGGUCAUUGGUACAGGUCUUCAUCACCAGAGCUACUGAGCUUUUGGCGUCACCCAACAGUGACAAUGUAAUGCUAGCGUGGCAAACAUUCAACGCUCUGUUCGUGAUAAGAGCGGUCAGCAAAUACUUGGUGGAGAUAGUGCCGGAGUGCGAACUGACCAGACAUUUGGAUGUGCAAGCGGAGAGGAGACCGCUGGUCAGGGACAAUGAGGCAACACCGGAUCAGUCCGUGGUGCCUCAUGAGAGUGAUUCACCGAAAAUGAACGGCAGCGAGAGCAAGGUCGAGGUCCUUAUAGACGCCCUCAUAGGGCUCAUUAUUGAUAUACCUGUCACUGACAAUACAUAUUACUUACAUUUGGAAUGUAUAAACACUUUGUUGGUAUUGAUGUCUGUCUAUAUGUUUGCGAGUGUGCACGGACAGACGAGACUUAUCGAAACUUCACUUAUAUACAGAACUCUCUUCCAAGGCCGCUACGGAAUGCACGCGCCUCUAUUAGUCAAAACGUUAAUUAUCAACUUGUCCAAUAUGAGUAAUGCUCCACUCAGUAUGUUUGGCACAGCUAAUCCUGGGGGCAGCCUGUUGAUAAAUAUAGCUUCCGGCCUCUGGAACAUUUUGACAUUCAACUCCGCAACGCACAACAUCUACACGCUACCCCCUGUAGACAGGCGCGAGUUGGCCGAGCGGCUGAAGAAGGAGCAUCCUGUAGCUAACCAAUCGUGCCUGUUGCUACUAGCGCUGGCGAAUCAUUGUAUGAACGAUGACAAUCUGUACAGAAAGGCACUGUUGUGCUGUGAAGACACGAAUGAAACAUCUGCCACCACGCCUCAGAGAGAAACCAACUCGGUAACACAGAUCACGCCGCCUAAAGUGGACAUGAAUGCUCUACACAAAGCCCUUUGCGCAACAGCGGGGUGUGAACAUUCAACGUUACUGUUGUAUCUGAUGCUGCACUCGUGUAAGGCUUACAAGAGGCAUGUCAGCGCCGAUCCGCACAUUGAGAAUUUGAUAGUGCCUAUCCUACAAGUGCUAUACAAUGCGCCGGACAGCAAUUCCCAUCACAUAUAUAUGUCUCUCAUAGUACUACUCAUUUUGACUGAAGACGACGCUCUCAUCAAAAAUGUCCAUUUGAUUAUGAUAAAAAAUCCUGUAUGGUACACGGAACGGUCCAUAUCCGAGAUUUCGGUGGGCGGGCUGAUGGUGCUCGUGCUGGUUCGAGCGUUGCAAUACAACAUGGCCAGAGUGCGCGAUAAAUAUCUGCAUACUAAUUGUCUCGCCGCCAUCGCUAAUAUGAGCUGCGAGUUCAGAAAUUUGCACCCAUACGUCGCCCAGAGGUUGGUGUCGUUAUUUGAAACGCUUACGAAACGAAGAGCGAAGCUGUUAGCAGAAAUAGAAGAAUUAGAUAAUCUCGAUAAUGUAGCGUUACCACAUAGUACUGAAGAGAAAACUGAAGAAAUGAUGGACCACAUAGGAGUCUUAGACGAAGUCCUGCGUAUGCUGCUGGAGAUAAUCAACUCGUGCUUGACUCAUCAGCUGGUGAACAAUUUAAAUGUCGUGUACGCAUUGUUACACAAAAGACAAUUGUUCACUCAACACGAGCAUCACAUUACACAGAAUAUUGAGAUGGUGAUAGGCUAUUUCUCUAGUCGGCUUCAACGCGUUCAAGAUGGCGCCGGCGGCGACCUGGGCGUCAGCGAAGUGCUGGCGUGCAUCAAGAAGGGCGCCGAGCAGUGGUCCAGCGAUAGGCUCAAGAAAUUCCCCGACCUGAAAUUCCGAUACGUAGAAGAGGACAGGCCGGAAGAAUUCUUCACGCCGUACGUGUGGACGCUCAUAAGCAACUGCGGCAGCGUGUACUGGGCGAGCGAGUGCGCCAACAUGUUGGCGUGCUGAUCCGGCUCGUCGGACCAACAUUGACAUACAUUGGACAUUGUAGACGAUGACGAUUUGUACACGAGAUUGUGUUUCGGUUUGGUGUUCGGCGAUUAUAAUUUUGGUGUGUUUGUGUAGUGAUGUGACGGAUGUCGGAAAAAAAUCGGUAAAAGUUUUUUUUUUAUCUAAAAUUUUUUUUAUAGAAAAUCCUAAACUUUUAUGCACGCUUUAUUUAAAAAUCCCAUUAUUUCCGUUCCCGCGGGGAUUUCUGGGAACAGUCUCUUAUUACACUUUAAGACCGUUUUUGGUUAUGAACUCUCUAGACCCAGGUAUUUGAGCUAUUUAUUAAUAUGUAAUUAAUUUCAUUUUUCAUAUAUUUUAAAUUUGAGUGCGUCAGACCUUAAUCUGCUUGAAGGUAAGCAAAAUGAGGUCUAAAGUUAACUAGUAAUGCCUAUUUAGAAACUCUUGCACACGUUAAACUUAAAAUGAAUCCUCAAAUAUCCAUAAAAAUAACAAUUAACAAUAGUGACUAAUGAUGUGCAUCUGAAGUAGAAGGAAAUCCGUUCCUAUUUUUUGUUAUUCUCUUAAUUUUCAAUGCUAGUACCAAUCUCUGUAUAUAUUAUAUUCUAUUAAACAACAAAAAUGUAUAAAAUUCCAUUAAGGUUACCAAUAGAAACAUGAACUAAGUUAUUGUUUAUUCGCACAUUUUGUCGCCAAAUAUUCGGAUUCGGAAUCGUAUCCGACAUUAUCGAUUUAACGAUUCGAUCGAAACAUCACUAGUGAUAUUGUACUGUCUUUAAUCGCAAUUUUUUUAAAUGAUAUGAAACCUUAUGAUACAGGGCUUUGUAGGACUUCCCUAGAGAAUCCCAACUAAUGCAACAAAUGCGAAAGUAAGUUUGUUUGUUACCUCCUCACGCGUUAUCUACCGAACCAAUCUCCUUGAAAUUCGCGUAUGUAUUAUGAAUUAUGAAUCAUUGGAAUAUGUAAACUAUAUUUGAACACACUGUAAAACCUGGAAUUAAAGACUCACUCACAAAAUUAAGGAUGUAAAAUUAACGGAUUUAUUUUCUUUAUUUUUUUUAAAUUCUGACAUAAAUAUUAAACUCUAUGUUUCUCUAUGUCUUAGCCUCAUUUAGCGAGAGAGAGUGAGAUGAGAUAAGAAGUAUUAUCAUUCGCGGUCAUAUUUUCACUUAUCGAGUAUACGAUAACUUUAUACCCCAUGAAUACUUAUGUCACAAUAUUCUAAUCUCUCAGCUUCUAGGGUUAGUAAACUUAAGUUAACUUUAUUAAUUUACCACCCACUUCAAAAACAACUUGAUAUUUCGCCUGUAUUUAAUUUAACCUAUAUUUUUUAUUUGAUGAAUGUAAAACUAUAAGUAUACUUUUCGUCUUUACGUAUUUUUUUGUAUCUAGACCUAUGAUGAUGUUCUUUUUUUUACAUUUUGGCAAAAGUUAAUCGAUUCCCACAGAUGCGAAAUCCCUAGAAAAGUAACUCCAGGUAAAAUUAGAUUAUAGUACGGGAAGUGUACAAUUUAUUUUAUAAUAUUACCUACCUAGGUUAUUUAUUUAUACUAAGAUGUUGUAAAGUUACAAACGCAAUAUAUUAGAAAUAAAGAAAUUUAAUACGA